AGGUGUGUUCUGUGGACUGCGGGACCCACGGAGUGUGUUUGGGCGCAACGUGUCAGUGUGAGGAGGGCUGGACGGGCUCCGGGUGUGACCAGCGAGUGUGUAACCCACUGUGCAUCAAACAUGGAACCUGCAAGGACGGCAAGUGCCAGUGUCACCAGGGCUGGAAUGGAGAACACUGCACCAUCGAUAGCUGUCCUAACCUGUGUAAUGGUAAUGGUCAGUGUACCAUGAGGGAGCAGAGCUGGCACUGUGAAUGCCAGACAGGCUGGAGGGGUGCUGGAUGCAGCGUUGCCAUGGAGACCUCAUGUGCCGACAACACGGACAAUGAAGGAGAUGGUCUGACUGACUGUAUGGAUCCAGACUGUUGUAUCCAGAGCCCGUGUCAGAACAGCCCUCUGUGUCGGGGCUCCAGAGACCCCCUCCAGGUGAUCCAGCAGAGCCCCCUGCCCCUGUCCCAACCCUGGGUAGGAUCCUUCUAUGACAGGGUCAAGAUGCUGGUAGGACGAGACAGCACACAUCUCAUACCUGGGGAAAACCCAUUUAACGCCAG